UCGCUAGCUUGCUCUUGAUGAAGAGAAACGCUUUUCCGAUUAAAAAUAACUAAAUAUUUUUCCUUAUGUUUGUGUUUUAACACAUUGAACGCCGUGGUGGUCACCGGUGACCGACGUUAGCGGAGGAUUUGCCUUCAACAGUUUUCUAUUGGCAGUUAAAGACUUAAAACUUAGUUUAAAGUGUGAAGAGAGAAGUGUGAAUAUGUUGUUAAAAUUAAUUAUUAAUUUAUGUCUUGUUGUGUAUUCCGUGUUUUCUAUGUAUGAAGGAGAUAGGUGCAUAAAGAAGGAUGGAACUGAUGUCGGGACAUGCACCAUCGUGACAAACUGCCCGGCAGCACUGGAGGAACUUGAUAUUGGGGAAACACAACCUCAGAUAUGCAGUUUCCCAUCUGGAAAUAGAGACCCAAUCGUGUGUUGUUUCAACAAUCCUAAUAAUAGUAAAAGAACAACCCAGAGGCCGCCAAUUGCACCAUCACGCAUAACCAAUGAGCAGCCUCGUUGCAGCCCACUACACCAAUCUCCAAAAACUAAACAAGUUGCUUUUAAUAAAUGUUUAGAGUACCAAGAGAAGUAUGUGUACCCUUGUGUACGGGGAACUGCCCUCACGGGUGGGUAUGGGAGGGCCAACUACUGUCACCACGCGAGUGAUCAGCUGGUGGCAGGAGGUACGAAUGCUGGCAGAGAUGAAUUCCCUCACAUGGUGCUGAUAGGAUUCGGAGACUCAGCAUCCAACCUCGGUUUCAAAUGUGGCGGUUCCAUCAUCAGCGAGAGAUUCGUCCUGACAGCAGCCCAUUGCUCAUUCUCACCGAAAUUCGGAUAUGCGACGUUUAUAGCGAUAGGAGUGCUUCACAAGGAUGAAGCUAGGGAUCAGUCGAAAAUAUACUCAAUCAAGAGGUUUAUUAACCAUCCACACUACAAAUCGCCGUCAAAAUACGAUGACAUCGCUUUGAUUGAGACCGAUCGAGAGAUGAAGCUGGACCAGUUCACCGUGCCUGCUUGCCUUCCGACAGAGCCAGUGGACGACGCCAGAGCUAUAGCCACGGGGUGGGGAGCUACCCACUACAAUACUCAGCCCACGGACAUUCUUCAGAAGGUGAUUUUAUAUAAAACUCCUGUUGAAGAAUGUAGUAGACUGUUCAGGAGCCAUCGGUUGUUUCGAAGAGGUUUCAACGAAGAGACACAGACUUGCUACGGUGACAGAGAGCUACCUACUCGCUACCAGGACCGAUAUGAAAGCAAGGACACUUGCCCAGGUGAUAGCGGCGGUCCCCUUCAAAUUAAAAGCAAGAGAAUAGAUUGCAUGUAUAUUAUAGUAGGGGUGACGUCCAAUGGCGAGCAAGAUUGUGCGAAGCCCAACUCAGCUGGAGUCUACACGAAGGUCGCAGCUUACGUACCCUGGAUCGAGAGCAUCGUCUGGCCUCAAUAUUCAUUUUGAUUAAUUUUUAUUUUAAUGUCCGUUUUGUAGAUUAUUUUAAGUUUUAAUUGACAAUUUGAUGUCAAAAUUAAGUUUUUUUUUAACAUUUUUAAACGAGUGGAAUCAUAUCAUUAAGUUUUUUUUUUAAUAAAUUUAAUUUAAAAUGAUUAUUUUAAAAAUUA